AUGGACAAAGAGAUGGCAACAUCAUCCGCCGAUGCUGCCCUAACAGACAUCAAGGCUGCGAAAGAGAAGCAAAAUCAUGAAGGCGCCCAAGACGACAGGUUUGACAACAGGGACUAUACCAUAUUCACGAAAAGACAACGACGGUACAUUGUGUUUAUGGCCUCGUGGGCUGGCUUUUUCUCUCCGGUUUCGUCUCAGAUUUACUUUCCAGCUUUAAAUACACUAGCUGAAGAUCUCGAUGUCUCGAAUUCGCUGAUAAAUCUGACGCUCACCAGUUAUAUGAUCUUUCAGGGCUUAGCGCCCAUGUUUAUCGGUGAUUUCGCUGACAAAGCCGGAAGACGACCCGCGUACCUUGUAUGCUUCACCAUCUACAUUGCCGCCAACGUGGGACUUGCCCUGCAAAACAACUACGCGGCACUAUUUGUUCUGCGAUGUCUGCAAAGUGCUGGAAGUAGCACCACGAUCGCACUCUCAUCAGGUGUGGUAUCUGAUGUGGCCACGGCAGCAGAACGAGGAUCCUAUAUGGGUUUCGUCACGGCUGGUUCACUGCUAGGUCCUUCAGUUGGCCCAGUCGUCGGAGGGCUGCUUUCACAGUACCUUGGCUGGCGAGCCAUUUUCUGGUUUUUGGUCAUCUUCGCCGGGUCGUUUAUUAUUCCGCUCCUGGUACUCUUUCCGGAAACAGCUCGUGGUAUCGUGGGCAAUGGCUCAAUACCGCCUCAGAAGUGGAACAUGUCCUUAAUCAGUUAUCUGAAAGCCCGCAAGGCCCGCGAGGAAGGUCUCGAAGUACCAGUCAAUCCCACCCGGCCCAAGCUGCGUUUUCCAAACCCUCUGCAAACCCUGGCGAUCGUCAUUCAGAAAGACACGAGCAUUGUGCUCUUCUGCAAUGCCAUUCUUUUUGCUGGCUUUUAUGAUGUUAGUGCCACAAUCCCCUCGAUCUAUCAGGAGCUGUACGGCUUGGACGACCUUCAAAUUGGGUUGUGCUAUAUCCCCUUUGGCCUCGGCGCUUCAAUCGCAUCGAUUCUGAACGGAAAGCUCUUGGAUUUCAACUACCGUCGCAUCGCAAAGGCUUUGGGAUUCCCUCUUGUCAAAAAUCGGCACACAGACCUCAUGAAUUUUCCGAUUGAGAAGGCUCGCCUACAAAUUGCAUUUCCAAUGCUUGUCUUCGGGAGCCUCUCUAUCAUAGCAUUCGGCUGGUGCUUAGAUUUUCGCGUUCACUUGGCUGCUCCAACGACCAUCCUUUUUCUAAUGGGACUCACGUUGACUGGGGCGUUCAAUACGGUCAGCACAAUCUUGAUUGACUUUUAUCCAACACAGGCGGCCAAAGCUACCGCUGCCAACAACCUCUUUCGCUGUCUCAUUGGAGCCGGUGCCACGGCGCUGAUUGAUCCCAUGCUUGCGGCCAUGGGCCGCGGAUGGUGCUUCACUUUUGUGGCUCUGGUGAUGCUCGCAACGUCCCCGCUGCUUCUUCUCGUCAUCUACAAGGGACCUCAGUGGCGAGAAGAACGCCGCUUGAGGGAAGAAGCGAAGAGACGCGAGAAAGAGCAGGGGACCAGAGCCGCUACUGACAACUAA